AUGUUUAAUUUAAGAAAAAAUAUUUAUAGAUUUAAAAAAUUAUUAUAUGUAAAAUAUAUAAAAACUUCUGAGCAAAUUUAUAAUGAAUAUUUUAUUUUUAAUUUUGAAAAUGUUGAAAAUUUAAAAAAAUUAAAGGACACUAACAAAAAUGAAACAUUAUUAGAAAACACACAAAAAGAAAGAAAUGAUAUUCUUGGAAUUAAUAUAGAUAAAAAAAAAUUAAAAAAAACAAGAAAAGUUUUAGCAUUAGUUCAAAAAAAAUUAAAAAAUUAUGAGAAAACACCUUUGAAUAGGCUUUUUUAUAUAUUAUACAAAAAUACUGAUUGUUUAUCGGAUUUUGAAAUCAUUAAUAUUUUAUAUUUAGCUAUUAAAAACAGAAAGUAUUAUUUACUAAAGGAGGAAGAAAAUAACAAUGAUAUAAAUAAAAAUAGUUAUAAUAAUUUGAAUGAUAAUAAAUAUUUAUCUGAUAUUUCAUAUGUGGACAUUUAUUCAGUUAAAGCAAAUCAUGAUGAUAUAUACUCUUUAGAUAAAGAAAAUGAAAUUUCUUUUAAUGAUGAAUUAAAUACAAACAUUUAUAAUACUCACAAAAAUAAUAAUCACAUUGUAAGAAAGGAUAAGCAUUUAAAUAAUGUGAAUGAAGAAAAUGUUACUCAAACGUCUAAUAUAAAUAUUAAAAAAAAUGAAAAUGACUAUGUAUAUAAGUUACUGUAUCUAAUAAAAAAUAGACUGUUAAGAAAUAAAACUGUUAUUAACUUAAAUAUUUUGCAUAUAUAUAAAUUAUCAUAUUCUUUAAAGUUUUAUAAAAUAAAUACAAAUAAUUUUAUUUCUCUUUAUUUGAGUUAUUUUUUAAAAAAAGAAAUAGAUAGAAUGUGUGAGAAUAAAAAUGAAUGUGAAAUAAAAAAUGAUUUUGAAUUAGAUUUUCUUCUAAAUUUACUGAUUAUUGAAAAUAAAAAUUUAAAAACAUAUUUUUUUAAUUUAUUAUAUGAUUACAUAUUUGCAAUUAUAAAAAAUGAUCUGUUUAAUUUAUCAUGUAAAAAUAUUUGUUUAUUAUUAAGUUUAAAUCACUUUGAAAAAAGUAUAUAUGAUAAUUUUUUUUUUAUGAUUCUUAACAAAAAAAGAGAAAUUAAAAAUAAAAUAACUUUAACUGAUGCAAAUUAUUUCUUUUUUUAUCAAAUUAAAAAUAAAAUAAAUCUCCCAUUUUUUGAUGAUUUAAUUGAAAUAUGUGUAAAGUCAAAUAUUAAUUCAAAGCUAAUACAAAAUAUACAUUUACUAUCGUUGUUAUUAUUACAUUAUGAUUAUUCUAAACUUUACUUUCAUAUAUAUGAUAAUUAUGUAGAAUUAAUAUUUAACAUGUAUUCACAUUUAUUAAAAAACAUAAAAAUAUUUUUAGAAGAUAAAAAAAUAAAUAAGGAAGAUUUGAAUAUUAAUUUUUUAAUUUCUUUUUCUUUAUCAUUAUCGAUAAUUCGUAAUAAUCUUUAUUUUAAUGAAAAUUUUUUUAUAUUUGUUUUGUAUCUUGUAAAUAAUCAAGAAUUGAACAACAAUGAUUUAAUAAUUUUAUUAAAUUUUAUUAAUUUUUGUAAUUUUAAAAAUGAAAUAUAUUAUAAAAGAAAUCCAUUAUACAAUGAAAAAAAAAAAAAUUAUGUAUAUAUAUAUGAUAGUAAUAAAAGAUAUAUGUUACUGGAUUGCAACGAUAUAUCUUAUUAUAUAUAUGAAAUUUUAAAAAAAAAUUAUUUAUAUGAAGAUAAAAAAGGUAUGGAGAGUUUAUUGAUAAAAAACGAUGAAAAUAAAAAUAAAAAUAGUCUUUUGAAAAUGUGUUCAGAUAAAAAUAAGAAAAGUAUAUUAAUUAAUAAUUUAUUAAAUAAAAAUAUAAACAAAAUAUUUGGAAAUAAUUUAGAUCAGAAUAAUAAUGAAGUGCAAGAAAAUUAUGUAGUUAAAACCAGUAUGUUGGAGGGUGAAUAUGAAAUUAAAUUGAAAUCAUUUUUUGAAAAAAAGAGAGAAUUAAAAAGAAACAAGAGUUAUUAUUUGUCUAUUUUGGAUUUAUUAAUAUUUUCAAAAAAUAAUAAUUUUGAUGAUAAAUUUUAUCAAUAUUUAUUAGCUUUAUUUCAUAAAAAUAUAAUUAACUUUAAUAUAAAUAUAUUUGAUUUAGAUAAAAUAUUAUUUACAUAUAUCCACUUAAAUUUAAACAAAGAUAUAAUUUCAUUAAAUAUUCUAAAUAUAAUAGAAAAAUUAAAGAUUAAUUUUUUGAGAUAUAAUCAUUAUAUUGAUGGAGAAAAUUAUUUUUUUGACUCCUUAUCUAAUAUUUUAUUAAGUAUUAUAGAAUUAAACUUAUCUAAUAUAGUAGAUGUAACUUUUUUUGAAAAGAAAGUAUUGGAAAACAUAAAUAAAGUAAAUAUAAAUUCAAUUCUUAUAUUACUUCAAUACUUUAUUUUGAAAAGAAAUGAUUUUUUAAAUAUAAAGGUAAUAAUUUUCCUAUUAUUAGAAUUCAUUAAAAAAAAGUAUUAUAUGAAACAUAGUGAUAUAAAUGAUUUUAAUAAUGAUACUAUAUUAGAAAAAUUAAGAUAUCAUAAAAACUAUGAUUUUAUUAAAAAUUACAUAAGAGAAAAGAAAAAUUAUGAUCUUAGAGAAGUUGAUAAAACUAAGGAAGAAAGGAAAGAUUAUAUUUUUAUAAAUGAUAAAAAAAAAAAUGAGAAUAACAUAAAUUUUAAUUAUAAUUUUAAAAAAAUAAAUGAAGAUGAUAUGUAUGAGUUUUUAUUAUUAAGAUUUGUAUUUUUAAAUAUAAUUUUGAAUUCCAAUGUAAUUCUUGAUAAUUUUAAAUUUCACGAUAUUGAAAAUUUUAGAGAAUUACUAAAUAAUUUCAACAAAAUUAUCUAUAUGAUGAAAAAAAAAUUUACUGAUAUAAUACAUAUAAACUUAAAAGAAUAUAAUGAAAAAUACAAUAUACCUCCAAAGGAAGAAAUAGAAAAUAAAAAUGCAGGAAAAUUAGAAAGAAACAAAUUAUAUAUUAAUAUACACAAUAAUACAAAUGAACAAAUAAAUAAUAAUACUGAUAUAUUGAAUAAAAAAGACUUUGUUUUAAUAAUAAAUUAUUUUUUAUUUAUAUUUAAAUUCGACUUGAAAUUUAUCAUAAAAGAUAAGAAUUUUAUAGAAUCAAUUAAAUUGCAACAUUUGUAUACUAAAAAAUUUAAAAGUACAUAUUACAAUUAUAAAUACUUAUAUGUAUAUCGUCAAUUAAUGCUUUCUUUAAUAUAUGAUAUGAAGAAAAAAAAUUGCAUAAAAUGUAAUUACCUUUUGAAUUUUAAUAAGCAACUUAAUAAUCAUAGUGAAAAAAUAAAUAUUAAUGAGUUUAUAAAUAUUUUAAGAUAUUUUAAUUAUUUAUGUCUAAAAAAAAAAAUAAAUAAUAAUAUUUUUUCUAAUUAUUUAAAAAAUAAUAAUAUAAAUAUUUAUGAUAAUAAAAUAUAUGAUUAUGAUAUUCUUUGUAAUGAUAAUAUAAUUUAUAAUUUAAAUGGUGAAAUUUCAAAUAUUUAUAUAAAUGUAACCUUUUUUAAUUAUAUAAUACCAAUGCUUAUAAAAGUGAAAGAUAAAUAUGUAGCUAUUAAAAUUUUAUUUAAUACUUUUGAUAAUGUUGACACAUAUAAUGUACUAUUUGGUAUUAUGAGAAAUUUUCUAAAAAAUUAUAAUUACGAUAUUAUACUAAUUAAAAGGAAAAUUUAG